AGCCGAAUCGCGCUCUGCGCCGGAAAACGUGUCCCCACGCUACUUCCUCUUUCUUUUCAACAUGGGUUUCUCAACUAAGCCCAUUCUCAUAGAUGCCCGAGGGCAUCUUAUGGGAAGACUUGCAGCAAUUGUGGCCAAGACUAUCCUGCAAGGUCAGCGUGUUGUUAUUGUCAGAUGUGAAGGCAUUAACAUUUCUGGAAACUUCUACAGAAAUAAGUUGAAGUAUUUGAAGUAUCUGAAAUACAGAUGUAAUGUCAAUCCCUCAAGAGGACCUUUCCAUUACCGUGCUCCAUCCAGGAUCUUCUUCAAAGCCGUGAAGGGUAUGAUCCCCCACACCACAACCCGUGGCAAGGAGGCUCUUGGACGUCUGAAGGUGUUUGAGGGUGUCCCACCCCCAUACGACAAACAGAAGAGGAAAGUAGUACCAGCAGCUCUCCGUGUUCUCAGACUGAAACAAAACAGAAGGUACUGUGAUUUGAACAGACUAGCCCAUGAAGUUGGCUGGAAGUACCAGGGUGUAAUUGGCACACUUGAGGCAAAGAGAAAAGCCAAGUCAAAGAAAUUCUAUGAAAACAGAAAAGUUGCUGAUAACCUGAGAGCCAAGGCACGUGUGAAUGUUGCAUCUAAGAUUGCGCAAUACCAGAAAGUGAUUGAGGGUUACGGCUAUAGAUAAAUGUCACAUUAUCUGUUAAAACACAUAAAAUAAAGCUGACCAGAGAAAA